UGCGCGCAACUGUGACCAAGGAUGGACUUGCCUGCACGCUGGCUUUCUUUCGCCAUCUGCGCCCUGCUAUCGUGGAGCUCUGUACGCGCUCGAGAGCCUGUCUGUCAGGAGAUUUCGGUGCCGUUAUGUAGAGGGAUCGGCUACAACUACACGUACAUGCCCAACCAAUUCAACCACGACACACAGGACGAGGCUGGACUGGAGGUUCACCAGUUCUGGCCGCUCGUGGAGAUCCAGUGUUCUCCGGACCUGCGCUUCUUUCUUUGCAGCCUUUACACGCCCAUCUGCCUUGAGGACUACAAGAAGCCACUGCCGCCGUGCAGGAGCGUGUGUGAACGGGCGAAAGCAGGGUGCGCGCCUUUAAUGCGCCAGUACGGUUUCCCGUGGCCGGACCGAAUGAGGUGCGACUUACUGCCCGUGCAGGGGGAUCUAAAUACUUUGUGCAUGGACUACAACAGGAAUGAUGUUACCACAGCUUCACCGGCUGCUGCAAAGCCAACGAGGCACCUGGGAAAACCAAACAACAGGAGGAAUAAAAGCAAUAAUGGACGCGCACCGGGUGGCCAACACAUAUCAGGGUCGUCUACAUUUGACCCGGAAUGUCACUGUCGGGAACCUAUGGUGACGGUGAGCAGUGACCGGAAUCCUCUGUUCAAUCGGGUGAAAACGGGACAGAUUCCGAAUUGCGCCAUGCCGUGCCACAACCCGUACAUUUCUCAGGAGGAGAGGACCUUCGCCACAUUUUGGAUAGGAGUGUGGUCGGUUCUGUGUUUCGUGUCAACGUUUGCCACCAUGGCCACGUUUCUGAUCGACAUGGAGAGGUUUAAAUAUCCCGAACGUCCGAUAAUCUUCCUGUCCACCUGUUAUAUGUUCGUGUCCGCCGGCUACAUCAUCAGACUCAUCGCUGGACACGAAAGAGUCGCGUGCAACCAAGACUACGAGGUGGAUCAUAUUCGCUACGAAACUACAGGUCCCGCGUUAUGCACCCUGGUGUUUCUGUUAAUCUACUUUUUUGGGAUGGCGAGCUCCAUCUGGUGGGUCAUUCUUACAUUUACGUGGUUCCUCGCGGCUGGGAUGAAGUGGAGCAACGAAGCUAUUGCGCGGUACUCGCAGUAUUUCCACUUGGCGGCGUGGCUCAUUCCGAGUGUUAAGUGCAUCACUGCGCUUGCGCUGAGCUCUGUGGACGGGGACUCGGUCGCGGGUAUUUGCUACGUAGGCAACCAAAAUUUGGAUAAUUUGCGGGGAUUUGUGCUUGCGCCACUGGUGAUUUAUCUUUUGAUGGGAACCGUGUUUUUACUGGCCGGGUUUGUGUCUAUGUUUCGGAUACGGAGUGUCAUUAAACAAGGAGGCACGAAGGCGGACAAACUGGAGAGACUGAUGGUCAGGAUAGGCAUAUUUACGGUGCUGUACACGGUCCUCGCCACUGUUAUCGUGUCCUGUUAUGUUUACGAACUGUACAAUCGCGAGGCGUGGGAAAACGCGCUUGCUUGUUCCUGUGCGUCAGAGAAAAGCGCGCAGAGACCGGAUUAUGCCGUGUUAAUGCUUAAAUACUUUUUGUGCCUUUUGCUUGGUAUCACGUCCGGUGCGUGGACGUGGUCCUGCAAAACUCUUGACUCGUGGCGCGCUCUGUGCGCGCACCGCUGCGACGGCGGUAGGGGCACGAGCGGGUCGGUUUACAGUGAGGCCAGCACGAGACUCACUUGGAGGUCGGGCACCGCAAGCUCGGUUUUGUUCCCUCCAAAAGAAAUGCCACUAUCACGGGUGUAAUGACAACAGAACAAACGAACUUUUAAAAUGAGUUUUAUCAAAUUUGCCGUCAUGCAGCCGAGAACGCCCAUCUAUCGUGCUGUGAAGGAUGUGCCUUAAAAAGUCAUACGGGUUUAUGUAUUUAUGAAGGUGUUAUGAUUAUAACGACGUUUAAAUUUGUACAAUUUUGUGUAUUUAUCGCUUUGACAAAUGCUAUUUUAACAUUAAAACCCGACUUGAAAUAUUAUUAAAGGCAUUUUCUAUUACAGAUGUUUUAUGCUAUGGCUGGGUUGAAGAAUCUGAGAUUACAGUGACUGUGGUGUCAUUUAUCAUGAUACAUGAUUUGUUCAGUUUUGUUUCAGCCAUCAUGCCAGCUGAAUUCUGUCAAUUCAGCAAAAUAAUUAUAAAGGCAUUCAAUUUUCUUAGGUAAAUUGUUAAACGGAAAUGCCAAACAUAGCCUACUUAUGAUCAUAGAUUUUUCACUGUAAGUGUAUAAUGUUAAAUAAUUAUAUGGCAAGCAAUUAUUUUUUAACAUACAUCUACACCUAUACGUUAAUGUAAAGCCUCUGUGAAGAGAACUUUGUAGCUUUAAACAGUUAAAUCAUCUACAAUGAUGUAGUGGUAAUAAGAGAAAUUCCAGUUAAUUAUUUUGUUUUCAUUUAUUAAUAUUUUACCAUAUACAUGAUAUUUAUAUGUUUCAAAUAUGUGACCAUGCCUGUGAAAACAAGUAUUUUUGUGAUUUACUGUUUUCUACAUUAAACCAUGCUACAAAAUGUACAGAACAUUCCCUUGAAAAUAUAACACUGAAUCUCAAAGAUUAAAAUCAUAGUGAAAUUAAUGAUUGAAAUCAAACUUUCAUAAUUAGAUUAUGAGACAUUAGCCUAGUUUUCACAGACAGGGUCACAUUUAUAUUUAUCAUAAAUGAUA